CUUAUGUUUCGGCUCCAUCACUUCUCGUCGGGAAUCAUUUCUGCGCUAUACUUUCAUUUUAAUAACCGAACCGUGACCGCGAGAGCGCAAAUGCGCAUCGCUCUGCGCAUCUUUGAAUCUUCUGAACUACACUGUGGACAAUCUCCCUGACAUCCAAAGACCUCUCCUCCACAAUCCGACGAGGCUUCUUCACCGCCUAUGGCCGAACAUCGGCAUCCCUGAGCCGCUGGCCUCGUCCCGGACCUUUCACCCAUCGCUGUCCUCAAAAAGUCUUUGAAUCAGGGAGACAUUUCUACAAACAUAUAUUUUUUUAAAUCAUCCUCGGCUGAGUAUUUUUAAAGAACCCGGUGCUAUGCAGGGCCCAUCUCUGUAGAUCUUGUGAUUAAUACACGAUCUCUCCUCCCACAUUCGUCCGACCGAGACCCUGGUACUCUCCUCGAGCCCCAGCGAUGCAUCCUAACGCAGUGAUGCUGGCGGUGGUCCUUCUAUGGAACUUGAUGCUGCCUUUCAUCUCGGCUCAAAACGCUGGGUUUGUGAAGUCGCCAAUGUCUGAGACUAAGCUUACGGGGGACACCUUUGAGCUGUACUGCGACGUGGUUGGUAACCCCACUCCAGAGAUCCAGUGGUGGUAUGCUGAGAUCAACCGCGCUGACUCCUUCAAGCAGCUAUGGGACGGAGCCCGCAAGCGUCGGGUAUCCAUCAACACGGCCUACGGCGCCAAUGGGGUCAGUGUGCUCGGCAUCAAGCGUCUCACACUGGAGGACUCUGGGACCUAUGAGUGCCGGGCCAGCAACGACCCCAAGCGCAAUGACCUACGACAAAACCCUGCCAUCACCUGGAUCCGCGCCCAGGCCACCAUUUCGGUGCUACAGAAACCAAAGAUCAAUGCCUCUGAUCAGACCAUCCUGUCAGCGGAGACUCCUGUCAAAAAAGUGACCCUGCUGUGUAACCUCACCACUGCCCACACGCCCCACAAGGAAAGCUUCUGGGUGAAGAAUGGACAGGAAAUCACAAACACACGGACAGAGCAGAGGAACACAGCAUACAGAAUCACUAAACCACGGGCGGAUGAUUCCGGGGAAUACAUGUGUGUUUACACAUUUGACAUGGCGCCGAAUGCAAACGCUACAAUUGAAGUAAAAGCAAAACCUGCUAUCACUGGCCACAAGCGAAGUGAAAAUAAAAACGAGGGGGAAAAUGCAAUGCUUUACUGCAAGUCUGUUGGUUACCCACAUCCCACCUGGACAUGGUGCAAAAUGGACGGAACAUCCUACACGGACAUCGACAACUCCACAGGACGCUUCUUCAUCACUAUCAGAGACAACUACACCGAGCUCAACAUCCUCAACCUGGACAUAAACGUCGAUGCUGGAGUAUACCAAUGCAAUGCCACUAGUGUGAUUGGAAACACCGCCGAGACCACUAUUCUACGGGUGCGCAGCCACCUUGCACCGCUUUGGCCUUUCCUGGGUGUGCUCGCAGAAAUUAUAAUCCUAGUAGUCAUCAUCGUUGUGUACGAGAAACGCAAGAGUCCAGAUGACAUUAUUGAAGUUGCACCAAUGAAAACAAAUUCAACAAACAACCACAAGGACAAAAACAUUCGCCAGAGGAAUACAAAAUAAGCAAUUUACUCAAAUGAGAUGGCUAAACUGCAUUUUUUUGACUACAUGAAGGUAUCAGAGGUGGAUAGAGCUCCGGGCAGUUUCGAAAAAAGCAUAUCUUGUCUCAUUUUAUGAGAAACAAUAUCAGCAUAACACUGGCAACAAAAAGAACAUAAUGGCUGUCUUAAGCAUGCCUUAUUCAGUCUUUCGUGGAGAUUUCAGGAUGACGAAUAAUGACUAAAACCACCACAAAGGUGUACACAUUUUUAAUGUGCUGUUGAUGUCUCCUUUAUUGAUUUAAUCAUAUCCUCAAAUGAGGUGAUCCCUUUUGUAUUACAUAUCAUGUACAAUGCAUGCAAGAUAAUUACGCAAUAGGAUACUCAGAAUAGAUAUUUUCUGUUGUUAUCCCCGUGUGGCUUUUUUUGCAUCUAAAAUGACCUAUGUUUUUUAUGGAGUCAUCCUUAUUUAUAUACAUAUACAUCCGUAUGUAUACGUGUAUACAUCUAUAUAAAUGUAUGUAUAUACAUGUGUGUAUGUAUACGUGUAU